CAUGGAUGAAUCCAACAUGGGCUUUUCGAAAACUAACCGUUCUUCCUUCGUGGCUCUCAUCUCUCGCUUCCUCGUCCGGUUUUCCUCCUUCGUCACCACUUUUCAUCCUAGAUUCAGAACAAUUAUGCCGUCUGCUGUCCAUUUGUGGAAGAGAAGGCUAUUUCAAAGUUGGAUCUUCAAUCCAUGGCUCCUUAAUCAAGAACCCACUAUUCAGUAACCUUGAUAACCCUAUCCACCAUCGAUAUAACCUUGCCGUUUGGAAUUCUCUCCUCUUUCUCUAUUCCAAAUGUGGGUACUUGUCUGAUGCAUCCAAACUGUUUGACAAAAUGCCAGUGAGAGAUGCUGUGUCCUGGAAUACAAUUAUAUCCGCGGUUUUCAGGAAAGGUUUGUUUGAUGUUGGAUUUGAUCAUUUCAAGACGUUGUAUGGUUCUUUUGGUGUUCAUCGUUUCGAUCGAGGAACCAUCACCACCAUUUUAUCUGUGUGUGAAGGAUUGGAGUUCUCUAAUGUUCAUAAGAUGAUGCAUUCCUUGGUAUUUAAACAUGGGUACGAGCGGGAAACCACAGUAGCAAAUGCUUUAAUGACAGCAUAUUUUGGUAGUGGGCGUUUCUGUUCAGGAAGGCAAGUUUUUAUAGAGACCGACAAUCGAAAUGUAGUUACUUGGACAGCAAUGAUCUCCGGACUUGCACAAAAUCAAUAUUAUGAAGAAAGCUUAAAGGUGUUUGUAAAAAUGCUUAAAGGGUCGGUGUCUCCCAAUUCAUUGACAUACUUGAGUUCGAUACAGGCAUGUUCUGGCUUGCAGGCACUUAAAGAAGGGUGUCAAAUACAUGGGCUUGUUUUGAAAUUGGGUAUGCACCUGGAUUUGCAUAUAGAAAGUGCACUUACGGAUAUGUACUCUAAAUGUGGCAGCAUGCCACAAGCAUGGCAGAUUUUCGAGUCUGCUCAAGUUCUUGAUGAGGUUUCCAUGACGGUGAUUCUCGCCGGUUUUGCACAAAAUGGUUGUCAGGAAGAAGCUGUUGAGGUAUUUGUGAGGAUGGUGAAAGAGGGAAUCGAGAUUGAUCCAAACAUGGUCUCUGCCAUCCUAGCAGUGUUUGGUGCUGAAACGUCCUUGGCUUUCGGUAAGCAAAUCCAAUCUUUAAUCACUAAAAAAGGGUUUUGUUCAAAUCCCUUUGUUAGCAAUGGGCUAAUCAACAUGUAUUCCAAGUGUGGUGAAUUGGAGGAGUCGAUCAAAGUCUUUGAAGGAAUGCAUCAGAAAAAUCCAGUCUCGUGGAACUCCAUGAUUGCUGCUUUCGCUCGUCAUGGUAAUGCUUCAAAAGCUCUUCAAUUAUACGAAGAGAUGAAACAACAAGGUAUUAAACCAACAGACAUUACCUUUCUCUCGUUGCUUCAUGCUUGUAGUCAUGUAGGUUUAGUAAGUAAAGGCAUGGUGUUUUUGGAAUCCAUGGAGAAAGAGUAUGCAAUUAGUCCAAGAAAGGAGCAUCAUGCUUGUAUAGUUGACAUGUUAGGCCGAGCAGGGCUUCUGAAUGAAGCCAAAAGUUAUAUCGAGGGACUGCCCGUAAAGCCUGAUGUACAACUUUGGCAAGCACUGUUAGGUGCUUGUAGCAUUCAUGGUAACUCAGACAUGGGGAAGUAUGCAGCCACCCAGUUGUCUGUUGCAGCACCAGAUAGCCCUGUGCCUUACGUGUUGAUGGCCAACAUAUAUUCUUCCAAAGGAAGAUGGAUAGAGAGAGCUGAAACUAUAAAAAGAAUGAAAAAGCUAGGGGUGGGAAAGGAUACAGGGACAAGUUGGAUUGAGUUGGAGAAACAAGUUCAUAGCUUUGUUGUUGAUGAUCGUAUGCACCCACAAACAGAUGUAAUUUUCAGUGUUUUACUAGUGUUAUUCAGACAUUUGACAGAUGAAGGAUAUGUUCCGAAUAAGAGAUUCAUUCUAUGCUGCUGGGAUGAUGAAAUAGCUGCUUCAUUGCAAAAUCAAGAUGAAUGAGGUUUCUUUCUUUCUAUUCUGCAAAUCAUAAUUUUCUACUCUUUAUCUUGUUGAGACAAAAGGGCAUGAUGCAACAAGUAUUACAUU